GUCCUGCCCGUGAAGCUGCAUCUCCACUCACUCUCCCCUCCACUGACCUGCUGUUCUGCGGCGUGCAUGUGAAAAAGAAAGAGCAACCCAAAAAAAACCAACAACAACCAACUAAAAACUAAAGCAGCUGGAUAAAAGUUAUUUUCAUGGAAAGAAAGGCUCCAAGUACAGGACCAUGGGAUAUGGGCAAAUCCUCCACCGCCGUGACACCGAGGAGGACCAGGUCCACCUCAACGUCGGCGGAGUGCGGCAUAAGGUGGAUCCGGACAUGCUGCUCCGCUUCCCUCACACGCGCCUAGCUCGUCUCCUCUGCUGUCAGAGUGAGGCGGCGAUCCUGGAGCUGUGCGACGACUACAGCCCGGCCGAGAGGGAGUACUACUUCGACAGGAAUCCCAGGGUUUUCCUCUGCGUGCUCAACUUCUACCACACUGGACGUAUUCACAUGAUGGAGGAGCUGUGCGUUUUCUCCUUCACCCAGGAGAUUGAGUACUGGGGCAUCCAGGAGCGGCACCUGAGCCCGUGCUGUAGCAACUGGUACCACGAGAGGAAGGAGUACAUCGAGGACAGAGACUGGGACAUCAGGAGUGACGACCAGCAGCAGCCGAGCUUUGACUCGUCCUUGGAGGAGCUCUCUGCUCUUGAUAAAGAUCUCGCUAAGUUCAAAGGAGCCUGGUGUGCGGAACUGAGGAGCUACAUUUGGCUCAGGCUGGAGGAUCCAGGUCAUUCCAGAGCCUCAAAGGUAAUUGCCGUGGCCUCCCUCAGUGUGGUCUUGACCUCCAUUGUUGCCAUGUGCGUCCACAGCAUGCCUGAGUUUCAGCAGGUGGAUGAAAACGACAAGCCCAUCGAGGACCGCGUCAUCGCCGUCCUGGAGGAGAUCUGCAUCGCAUUCUUUUCCGCUGAGUUUGUCAUCAGGCUGAUUGUUGCACCCUCCCGCAGGAAGUUCCUCGGAAACCCGUUAAAUAUCAUCGACGCUGCUUCCAUUUUGCCGUUUUAUGCCACUUUAGCCCUGGAGACGGCCGACAAGGAGGCCGCCGAGGAGAACGAGGACUUAGAGAAUGUAGGGAAAGUGGUGCAGGUUCUGCGGCUCAUGAGAGUGCUCCGAAUUCUCAAACUGGCUCGUCACUCCGUCGGGUUGCGAGCACUGGGCGCCACCGUCCGCCACAGCUACCACGAGGUGGGCCUCCUCCUUCUCUUCCUCUCAGUCGGGAUCUCCAUCUUCUCUGCUCUUAUCUACUUUGCAGAGAAGGAUGAGCAGGACACAGAUUUGGGGACCAUCCCCUCGGGCUGGUGGUGGGCGACAAUCACCUUGACGACGGUCGGUUACGGUGACACCUGCCCAGUUACAAUCGCAGGGAAGAUGGUGGCCACACUGAGCAUCAUCUGUGGCCUGUUAGUGGUGGCCCUGCCCAUCACUAUCAUUUUUAAUAAGUUUUCAAAGUACUAUCAGCGAAACAAAGCCAUGGAGGGACAAUGUAUCACCAAGCCUCAGAGACUGGACCCGGAGCUCCCUUAUUACAACAUCAGGGACUUGUUCACGGACGGUGUGAUCCCCUUCAUUGGGGGCAUCACCUUCAGGAACAGUGAGAGCAGUGCAGGGGACGAAACAGACGCCUCCAGUCUCCAGGACAUUGAGUUGUACGAUAAUGACACUUCUGAAAAUGGGACGGAAAAAUGAGAUCCCCUUAUGAGCGAAAGUCACCCCGUGCCUCUCAGGGCAGAGCGCUCCAUCACUGACCCUGCCUUCUUACACUGUCUUCCUGCAGAGAAACAUUGUGGCCACGAUUUUCCUCUUCUUCUUCUUCUUCUUCUUCUUCUCGUCUCUUCUUUUCUUGUAUUUUCCUUACAAGGGAAAUGCUCGGGACAUAUACAGCCUCGCUAAAAGUUAUUUGAAAACUUGCUCACAGGUUUGAAAGUCCAUUUUCUGCUUGAGGGAACUGCAGUGGUGCAUGUAGAGGGCCAUAAUGUGAAUGUUUUUAAAAAGGAAAUUCAAAAAAAUAAUGCGCUGUAUUGAUUUGACAGUUCAGGCCGAGAGAGAAAAAUCUCAAAUGACGACAAAAGCGGUUUGAUGUUUGAUGUUGUGGAUCUUUAAAUUGGCUGAUUUUGCAUGAGUUACGGCAAAAUGUGUCUUUGACAGAGAAUGACAUCAGUAGUUGUGAAGAAUUAUGCAACGUCAUUUGACGCUGGCGAAGAGAGGCCACGUGUUGCCAAGGCCUGGAUUAUGCCAGGUUGUUGUAAAGAGCAAAACAUUUGUCAUAGUAGACAACCAUGUUGGCAUGCUGGGUGAUUCCUGGGGAGAAACUGAUGUGGACCUGAAAUAAACUCUGGAAAAAAAUGUGUCACAUAAUAUGAAGUUGUAUUACUCACGUAGACGUGGUUUUCAAAUCCAGGUUCUCAACAAGACAGUAGCAUGUAAACCACUCUAAAUAAGCAAAAAUCUGAAUAAAACGUGGAGGAUUCCAAUAUUAAAGAGACAAUGUAGACAUGUUUAAGUCCUAAAGGACAACAGACACAUCUUGUGUCCCUGAGCAGUUCCUGCUUGGUCACUAUUGAGACAUUAUUAAGACACAG